AUGGUAUUGUGCUACAUUUGCAUUCAAUUUAGGCGUCUGAAGCGAAUGUCGCCGGGUUGUUCCCGUCUUUAUGAACUCCAACCAGACCCAUAUGAUGUCACUCAGCGACGAGCACUUCGAAUCUGUCUUUUUACUGAUGUGAAAAAUGCUUAUGAACUACGUAACAAAUUGCGGAGUGGUGAAAUUGAUGCAGCAAUGAUUCGCGCCGAGUUGGUGCUACAGCUCUUUGUCGUGCUUGCCGCAGCAAAUCGUGCCGUUCAUCAAGCUGCUCACAAUCGAUUGGCGACGCGAAGUCUCUCUGCCGAGCUCGUUUAUAGUCUCUCGCCGACCCGAAAUAUUUCGGACUCCUUAGUCACAUUUGGUAUCGCUGACACCAGCAAAAAUGUACUGGUGUGUAUAUUUGAUGACAAGGACGGUUCAGUGAUGAAGAAAUUGGCGAAGCAAAUUGAUGGUAAACCAGAGACGCUCGACAAACUGUCCAGCAUAAUGGACUUUGGCCUAAUUCAGAAGGUAAUCUUUAAAAUUACACGUUUUUUGGUUUGCAAACAGUACCGUAGAAAAAUGAAUCGCUGUAAGGUCCAUGGAGAUGAACAAGCUGUCUAA